GGCGGCUGACGUGGCAUCACGGUUUACAGUGUCUGCCAGCUGUGAGUAACAGCAGUCAUGAUGGGAUAUAGCAGCAGCAGCAGAAGCAGCAGCAGCUCCUGAGUUAGGGGCAAGAGAUAUGAUGAAAAGGAGACAUAGAAUAGAACAUAGAACUUGCCGAGUUCAUGCAGCCAGCAGAUAGUGAAGCUGGAGCUGAGAUUCACUCCCAGGAAGAUAAAAUAGCUACACAACUCACUAAAAACACGAGAGAAAUUCUGAGGGUCAGGGAUGGAAUUCUGGGCUCCCCAGUGGCCACCUCAGCCACAGGGGAGGGCCACGGCUCCAGCAAAGGACCCAGACCGUGGGCUUCGGAGAGACGGAAUUCAUUGGCCCGUUCCUCACUCUUGGCACAAUGGAGAGAGGUAUCACCAGUGGCAAGAUCCCCACAGGAGCCCCCUGCCACAGGAGGACCCCAGGACAGACCGCCAGCAGCCCCGUUAUGCGUCCAGGCCUGGGGAAAGGCAUCAGCUUGUGUCCGGGGCUGACUAUUACAAAAGUGGUUAUCCCAGCCAGUUGUAUUCAAGGGCGGGCAUUGAGGAUCCAUAUCAAAGCUAUCAUUCUUCAACCCUAAGGGAAGAACAUGCUUAUGGACAUUAUUACUACCAUAGACACCCGCAGCAGCUACAGGAAGAAAGAGUGCCAAGGCGAGAGAGUCCUUAUAUCUGGCAGGAAGAUCACCGAGAUCAAAAGUACCUCAGUGAGCAUCAGCACGAAAACCAGAAUAGUCCAUCCAAGAGUCAGAACCCUUAUAAAGACAGCCCUGCUUCUAACACUGGACAGGAGAGGCCUGGGGACAUGAUUCUGGAGAGUCUGCUAACUGGAACCCAGAAGAAUGAGCCACCACUGGCCGACGAGUCCAACCUUCUCCAGCAGCAUGAGUCUGGCCUCACCUCCAGCGCCUACGAGCUCAGUCAGUAUAUAGGAGAUUCCUCUGAGCUGUACAACCCCAUGGCACCAGCAGCUUGGAGUCCAGUUCAGGCUGAGAAUGUCUCGGCAGCAGGUCCUAAGGAGCCCAUGAAAUUCUACAUCCCUCAUGUGCCUGUGAGUUUUGGGCCAGGAGGUCAGCUGGUCUAUGUGAGUCCCAGCUCCCCCAGAGAUGGACAGACGGCCCUAGUUGAACUGCACAGCAUGGAGAUUAUUCUUAAUUAUUCUGAGGAGCAAGAGGAGCUGAGAACUUUCUCAGGACCCCUGAUCAGGGAGGAUGUACACAAGGUGGACAUCAUGACAUUUUGCCAGCAGAAAGCAGCUCAGAGCCGAAAAUCAGAGACACAAAGGAGCAGAGAUUCAGCUCUACUGUGGCAAUUGUUGGUUCUCCUUUGUCGGCAGAAUGGGUCCAUGGUGGGGUCUGACAUCGCUGAGCUGCUGAUGCAAGACUGCAAGAAGCUGGAGAAGUAUAAGAGGCAGCUGCCGGUGGCUAACCUCAUCAACCUGACCGAUGAGGAUUGGCCUGUGCUGAGCUCAGGGACCCCAAACCUGCUCACUGGGGAGGUUCCCCCCAGCGUGGAGACACCUGCACAGAUCGUAGAGAAAUUCACUAAACUGCUCUACUACGGAAGGAAGAAGGAAGCCUUGGAGUGGGCCAUGAAGAACCACUUGUGGGGCCACGCUUUGUUCCUUGCCAGCAAGAUGGACCCAAGGACCUACAGCUGGGUUAUGAGUGGCUUCACCAGCACGCUGGCUUCCAACGACCCCCUGCAGACCCUCUUCCAGUUCAUGUCGGGGAGGAUCCCCCAAGCAGCCACGUGCUGUGGGGACAAGCAGUGGGGAGACUGGAGGCCUCACCUGGCUGUGAUUCUGUCCAAUCAGGGCGGGGACCUGGAGCUGCACCAGCGUGCGAUUAUCACCAUGGGGGACACCCUGGCUGGGAAGGGACUGGUGGAGGCAGCUCACUUCUGCUACCUCGUGGCUCACGUGCCCUUCGGUCACUACACCGUGAAGACUGACCAUCUGGCCUUGCUUGGCAGCAGUCACAGUCAAGAGUUUUUGAAAUUUGCAACCACCGAGGCUAUCCAGAGGACGGAAAUCUUCGAGUACUGUCAGAUGCUGGGCCGCCCCCAAUCCUUCAUCCCUUCUUUCCAGGUAUAUAAGCUCCUUUAUGCUUCCCGUCUGGCAGAUUAUGGCCUCGUGUCCCAGGCCUUGCAUUACUGCGAAGCCAUUGGCACGGCCCUCCUCAGCCAGGAAGAGAGCGAUCACCCUGUGCUAUUAGUGGAACUCAUCAAGCUAGCAGAGAAACUGAAGCUGUCAGACCCCUUGGUUGUAGAGAGACGCCGUGGAGACAGGGACCUGGAGCCAGACUGGCUGGUGAAGCUGCGCAGGCGGUGCAAGGAGCUAGCGCACAAGGUAACAGGAGAUGCUGCGGAUCCUCAUUCUGCUCACUCAGACACUUCGGGAGCCAGAGAAACAGCAGAAAGCACUUUCUACCAUGAUCUUUCGGGACAUCCAAGCGACUCAGAAGCCCUUGGGGACCGCUCAGCCUUGUGGCCAACACUGGAGCAGAUGGGCCCAGCCCAGCCCAGCCCACAACAGCCCUUUCUCUACCAGCCCGGCUCCCACCCAGCAGGAGGAAGUGUGGGGCAGAUGGGUGUCCCAGUGCCUCUUUACUCGGUUGCCGGGACCAGUGGUAGCCUGGCAGCGGUAGUAACUCCUGGAGGAGGAACCUGGGAGGAAACCCAGCAGAUGCACCCACCCCCUGUAGAGAACACGGUAUCUCAAGGAAGUUUCCAGCAUCCUGAUGGUCAAAAGGUCGUUUCCAAACCGCAGGAGCCACUGAUUCCCAGAUCACGAAAUACUUCUGAGAGUUCCACUUCUUCAGUCAAGGAGGAGGAGGAGGAGGAGUCCUCCGAUGAGGCAGAUAAAAAAUCUUCCCAAAACCCGACACAGAAAGGAAAGCUAGGAGAUGUGAAAGAGAACACAAAGAGUUCAGGGUUUGGCUGGUUUAGCUGGUUUCGCUCGAAGCCCACCAACAACGCAUCUAGCUCUGGAGAAGACUCAUCCGACAGUCCCAACUCUGAGGAGACCUCCAGAGCAUCUUCUCCUCCUGAGGCUGGCCCCGGCCUCUCACUGACCUCUCUCCCAGCGCCCCAGUCUCUGCCAGGCACCAGCACCUUGUCUGGGGCCACAGGCGAGGGUGAAGUCGGAGGAUCAGCGUCCAGUGGGGGAGCAGCCGAGGGCACUGGGAGUGGAGGCGUGUCUGGGCCUGAGGCUGUUUCCUCUGAGCUUUAUUUCAACCCUGGUGUUCUGCUUCCCCCAACCCCUUUGAAAGGAAGCGUUCCUCUCUACAACCCAUCUCAGGUGCCCCAGCUCUCCAUGGCUACCAGCCUGAACCGACCGAAUCGCCUAGCUCAGCGCCGCUAUCCAACCCAGACAUGAUGAGAAUGGUCACCCAUCCCAGGCUGGUCUCCUUCCUUGAUCUGCAGCCCCUCUGCCAUAUUGGGCCCCCCAAAAGGGUCAUGCUGGCCUAUUGCCUCUACUAGGACAGGGUCUUCCAGGACACAGCCCAGUCCAGUCUCUUAACAUUAGCUUCAGAAUGAUGGAUGGUACUACACGGGCUGGAUGGAAAAGCUGGGUAGAACAGCAGACUGGAGGGGAGCAGAAUGCCAUGGUGGGAGUAUUCAGGGUGACAGCCUCAGAUCCUCAGGAAAGUCAAGCCUAAGAACCCCUCAGCUGGAAUCAAUGAUAACCCACUGGGCUCUGUGGCAGGCAAUUAUUUGGGGGAGGUGCCCAGAGCAAUUUCCAUGACUAACAUUGACACAUUCCUCAAUCUUAGUUCUAGACCAAUUCACGGCUCUAGUUAGCAAAGUUUAUAUACUGAAACUUGAUUAUUGCUUCCCGUCAGAACUCCCUCCUCAGUGACAUUUCAGCAGUUUCCCUCUUGGUCCUAGUUUUGUGCACAUUUUUAUGUGCUUCAGAUUAAUUAUAUUUCUCUCACUUUCUUAGCUGGUCCUAUUUUUUCACAUUCUGGCAUCUGGCUAUCAAGUUAGAUUGCUGUAGGCAUCAUAUUGUCAUGGUAACUACCGAACCUAAUGAUGCAGAUGGAUGGAACAUCAGUAUAAUAAAUGAUGGGAAAUGUUUCCUAAAAAUUCACCCCUUCCUUAAGAGAGGAGGAGGAGUGCCUGAUAGUGUUAAUACCACCCUUCCUACCUCAGGCUUUUGCAGAUGGAUGUUUGGAGGGUCAGUGCAGCCAGAGGGAGGAGGGGGACAUCUUGGAAAUUUCCAGUUCUCUUUUCAAACCCAAAAUAGGGAUGACUCUUGCUGUUUGUCAGAUUUGCUGCAAAUUGCUCCUCACAAAGAACAUUUUUUUCUAUCUGUAAUUGUACAUACAGGUUUUGUACUCUAAUGUACUAUAGUUCUGAUGUGGAUGGCGAUUAAAACAGAUGAUUUUAUAGCAAA